UACGGGGUUGAAGUAUACUUUGAACUCCCUGCCGAUAAGCUUUGACUGCCACUGGCAUUAUAAAACAGUUAUGUACCAGUUGGCUUCAUUGGCUCUGACUUGAGAUCAGUUUCUUUGGACUGAAUCUUUCACAUCUGUGUAAUGCUAACUCCUCCCCAAGCUGCUGAAAGCCUUUAAUACAAGUGGCAAAGGGACAACACAGCGGCUGCACUACAGACUUGCUGCACUUGAACUUGAUCUGCAAACAUGAAGACGUUUCAGGAAAGGAUCAUUGUUCUGUCAGUUUUUCUGACCCUGACCUGUGUUAUUCAGGUGGAGUCACUGCCAGUUCCUGAAGACUGGAUAGGUUUGGUGCACCGGACCAAGCGGUCCCUGCUGUGGCGUUGGAACAGCCUGAAGCCCGUGGGGGCCAGCUGCAGGAACACCUUAGAGUGCGCCACAAACUACUGCAGGAAUAAUGUCUGCGCCUUCUGGAACUCUUUUUGAAGAGGAUGCAUCAAACAAAAUGCUACUUUAUGGACCAAAGCGACAAGGCUGAUUGAUUGGACUCUGUGGACUCAGUUAAAGCCACAAGUUCGAGCAUUGCACUGCAGAAAAACAAAGCUAUGAAUCCUCCUUUUGUAUGGACAAACAAAUGGCUGCAUCUAGGGCAAUAUGAUUUUGGUAAUUUUGAUUUGAAACACUUGCAGGACAUCAAACACAAUGUAUUUAAUGUUUUAAUACACAAAUAUAAAUAUUCAUGAAAAGUU